ACAUGCACACACUGACGCACAGACUGUCACGUGAAUUGCAAUGGUGGAGAAGAUCUAGUAGAGGCUAGUUGAAGGUUUUUCUCGCCUGUCCGUGGUCGCUUGUCGCUGAAGUCCGAGUAGAACUCCGCGAGUGCGUCGUCACAAGUUCCCCGUGGGUUGAUCGGGAAUCGGAGUCUGGAACACCGGUGUGUGAGUGCACUAGAAAGAAAAUCCCGCUGGAAUCGAGAACAAGGUAACUGUCGCACGAUCCUCUGACGCAGUUCCACCGUAGAACCCAACUGAUCGAAAAUGUCCGAGUACUGGCUAAUAUCCGCCCCGGGCGACAAGACCUGUCAGCAAACCUGGGAAACGAUGAACAACCUAACGCGCCACCAGAACAAUCUCUGCGAGAACUUCAAGUUCCACAUUCCGGAUUUGAAGGUCGGUACACUGGAUCAGCUCGUCGGUUUGUCCGAUGACCUGGGCAAGCUGGAUGCCUAUGUUGAGCAGUCGACACGCAAGAUUGCCGCAUACCUGGGGGACGUUCUCGAGGAUCAGCGGGAUAAGCUGUACGAAAAUCUGCAGGCAAACAACAGUCCAGGACCUCCCGACGAGUCUCCUCUGAAUGAUCCCGGAGAAGAUUGUUCCAACACUUCGUCGAGCUCGCAUCUGCAGCAACAGCUUCACCAACGUCGAUCUUGUACUGACCUCUGCAGUCAUGGCACAAACUCGAGCUGCAGUUAUUGCUCCCAGCAAACCAAUUCGUCGGCCUCCGGCUCAGAGCGCGAUAUGGAUUCAUCGUCUUGUGUGUGCAUCGCAUCGGGUUCGAUGCCUGAUUCUCCCGUUAUCGUUGAAGUCACCGGCAGCAUAGAUUGUCACCAACAACAGCAGCAGCAACAGCCUCAGUCCGCGACAGCAAAUGUUCCUUUAUUUUUCGGUGCCAGGAAACGCAGUCACAGUAGCAAUUGUAAUGUGCUUUCGUCCGAUCCGGAACCGGUGGACCACGAUCGUGACCAUGAUCACGAGAGUAGCUUCGAAUGGUGGUUUCAUAGGCGCAAAAGCUCGCACAAAUCCAGGAGCCGUUCAUCCAGUCACAUUUGCGGCGGUACGACUGGUGGAGGUUUGCCAUUCCGGUCUUCACCGGUGAGCAGUUGUUGUGGCAGCCAAGGACGAUCCAGUCCCGAAGCAAUGGAACAAGAGAUUUAUGGUGGCAAUUUUAGUAACUCGGCAAUCGCUACUACUAACAUUACCACAUCCACUAGCGCAUCAGUUAGGAAUGGUGCGGUGCCUUCCCUAUACGGCCCGAUCAGUCCAGAUGACCUGACAACCUACAUCACCCGUUUCCAGUGGGAUCUGGCCAAGUACCCAACGAAGCAAUCGCUCCGCAACAUUGCCGACAUCAUCUCGAAACAGGUUGGCCAGAUCGACGCGGAUCUCAAGACCAAAUCCGCUGCCUACAACAACCUGAAAGGAAAUCUGCAAAAUCUGGAAAAGAAGCAGACAGGAAGCUUGCUGACGCGUAAUCUGGCGGAUCUGGUCAAACGGGAGCACUUCAUCCUGGAUUCAGAAUACUUGACCACAUUGCUGGUGAUCGUGCCCAAGCAAAUGGUCAAUGACUGGAACGCCAACUACGAGAAGAUCACCGACAUGAUCGUGCCCCGUUCGUCGCAGAUGAUCACCCAGGACAAUGACUACGCACUGUGCACCGUGACGCUGUUCAAGAAGGUGGUGGACGAGUUCAAGCUGCACGCCCGCGAGCGCAAGUUUGUCGUCCGUGAGUUCACCUACAACGAGGAGGAAUUGGCCGCCGGCAAGAACGAAAUCACCAAACUGGUGACGGACAAGAAGAAGCAGUUUGGCCCCCUCGUCAGAUGGCUGAAGGUCAACUUUAGUGAAUGCUUCUGUGCAUGGAUCCACGUGAAAGCUCUUCGUGUGUUCGUAGAAUCCGUUCUAAGAUACGGUUUGCCAGUCAAUUUCCAGGCCAUCCUCAUUCAUCCCAACAAGAAGAACACUAAGCGUCUGAGGGACGUCCUUAUGCAGCUGUACGGACAUCUGGAUGGAUCGGCGGCGUCAUCCGGAGGAAAUGCAGACAACGUCGACAUUCCCGGCCUUGGUUUCGGACAAUCGGAAUACUAUCCGUACGUUUACUACAAGCUGAAUAUUGACAUGGUCGAGAACAAAGUCUAAGGUGGUGCAUCCAUAGCGUACACAUCCCGGUCCAAUCCAGCCCCCCAGCAAGAAGCCUAGGAAGCAUGUGUGAGAAACAUCCAGCAUAGGAAGGACAAGUCCGCCGCCGUCGUCAUCAUUUACCAUCCGCGUCCGUUCAUCAAUCUUCUACUUCAGCUUUGCGCAUCCAACGUUCCCCUUCGUCAACGACUAACGACGUUCAGCUGAAAAUUGUGUUCGAGAAACCCUGGUGGUGUCCCGGAGUAUUCCCACAAACGGAACGUAGAAAUGGCGUUACAACAAUCCGCUAAUCAAAAUUCCCAACUAUUGACUACUUUCUGUCACUAUGUUUAACUGUUGAUUAUUUUACCUAAUUUUGAUUGUAAGUUAAGUAGUUUGUAAUUAUAAUUUCGUUUAAGACAAGUACCGAUAACUAUUGUUUUUUUUUUCGUGUGAGAAGAAAGCGAGAAACGAGCGAGGAAAGUGUUUUACAAAUUAUCAAUUUUACCGUUGCAGAUAGUAUAUUCUGAUUCUGAAUGUCGUUAUAAGAUGCACAAUUUUGUGAGGAAAAUGAGAAGAUUAAAAUACAAAAGUAUAAAACACACACAAAUGAUGGAUUUUGUUAUAUGUUCCUUGUUGGUCGGCUUGCGCGAACGAACAUCUCACAUUAUAAACCCGGCGAUGCAUGUCACCUCAUAGUCCUCACAGAUUGGGAGCCACCAUCUGAAACCAACAUUAUUCAGCGGAAGUGACUUACGUCCAAUCAAACAAGUAUUAACGCUCAUGCAUCGUCACCCAUGCAAAGUGAAAGCCGAAAGAACACUGGUUAAGCAAUCUUUCCGUUGUAUAUACGAUUCGGAUUUCCAUCUUUUUUUUUUGGUUCAGAGAAAUAUGCUGAUGUUAUUUAUUGGUCUGUUGUUGGCAAAGGAAAGGAUAUAGAAAACAUAGUGAAAAGCAUAAAGCGAAAUAAUCCUAAAACAAUGUUGAACAAUAAAUUACCGAUACGCAAAAGUCUAAAAAGUGUCGCAUGGUGUGUAUAUUUAAUUCAAAGUAUAUAUUAUCCAAUGGAUUGAGGAAAUGUAACUCCGCUGCAUUCAUUGCAGUAUAUUUGCAAGGUAUUUGUGUAAAUAAAAGUUGAAGCCAUUCCACAAACGGA